AUGAUGCGGACAACUUCAACUGCUGAGGAUAAUGACGAAAACGACGACAAUGACAUAAGUCGGUCAGAGAAAUCGAUGUCUAUCUCUGACCAGUCAGUCCAAGUCAUCGAAGACUCCAAUGCCGAGGAUGAAUCAGGCGAAGAAGAUGCCGUUUUUGAUGUUGAAACAAUCCUUGCCCAGAAAGAAGACACCGAGGGAAAUCUGGAAUAUCUUGUCAAGUGGGAUGGAUACGAUGUUAUGAAUGCCACUUGGGAGCCAGAGGAUUCGUUCAAUUCAACUGACACGUUGAUGGACUGGGAACGAAAGAAACUCGACAUACAAUCCGGACAACAACUGCGUUUCAACGUUGAGAAGUGGAAAAAACGCCUCAGGAAGAUUCAAUCCGACUUCGAAUUCGCAGGAAAGGACAUGGUGGAGUUCAACUCGGAACUGAACACCAAUAUUGAAGAUUUUCUUAUCCCAUCGUCUACCCCAAAGAGAGGAUUUGCACCAUCAAUUACCCAACCACGAAGUCGUGUAUCAAUCACAUCUGACGAGUCUUCUGCUCUAUUCGUACCCGCAGACAGUAGUAGCUCAGAGGAGUCAGUCGUUCCGCUUCGAACGCGUCGAAGAGAGCCUGAGAGUUCAUUCUCUGGUCCCUCUGGUUCCUCUCUGAAGCAGUCAGCUCAAGCUUUAAGUCCAUUGCCUCACAAUCCCGAUAAAGCGCCGCAGAAGAAAGCAGCUCAGGCUCAGGCACAUGAACCUCAGUUACCAAAGCCACAAACCUCAGCUACCAAAGCUGUAAGCUCGGCACCAAAGCCUCCUGUUGUCAAACAACCUUUCGUUGGGUUUGGUCAGUCUGCUCACCCUCGAUUUACGCGUAAACGAGGGUUCGAGUCACAGUGGGGCCGUGAGCGAGCACCAGACCCGGAUCAAAUUCAGUUGAUGAAGCCGUCGGAAUUCUCUAAAAGAGAAAACUAUGGACAUAUGACACUGGAUAUCAACCGUACAGGCUUAGACGGUUCAGCAUUGCAGCCCUCUGAAAUGAGACCAUCAGCAACCGCGGAAGCAUCUGAUUCUGUGCAAAUGUCAAUGGCCCCUCCAGCAAAGCCUUCUUCGGGGGGCGUAUCCGAGUCAUAUGGACCAACAGGCUCGCGACCUGCUGAGCGAUCGCAAUCUUUCGCACUGCAUGCUAGCGGCCAAAAUGAACCGUCUAAUUCCAAUGUCCCUAAGUCCCCUCCAAAGGAACGGCGAACCAGUCUAACAGACCAUGAUCGAACUUCACGGCCAACAGCCAUGAGAAACCGGCCCAGAUCACCUGAAGGUGAUAGCUAUCGGAGAAAGCCUGUUCAGAGUCGCCAGCGCUCACUCUCUCCUUACAGCCGUCGACCAAUGGGCCCCAUUGAUUCCUAUCGACCUGGAUAUUCAGGCCGUAGAUCCUCCUCAAGACGGUCGCGAUCACCAGAAGGUAAUGUAUCUCGGAUCGGAUCACGCUCGCCGCCCCCGCCUAUUCAUAGGCGCGGUUCAAUGCCGGAUCCAUCUCACAAUAGGCAUCCAGAUGCUUCGGAAAGAUCCCGUCCCAUCCCUCUAUCUGCAGAAGAAGAAUGCAUUGCACGCAUGCCUGUAGGAGUUCCCUCGGAUGGUGCGAGUUUCACUAGGACCGGUCUCUUCUUUAACCCCAACGAAGUUCUCGUUCAUGUGUACUUUGGCACAAAUAAGGAGUACAUUGGUCCGGCGAGAAUAAUUGGCUUGCCACGGGUGGUCAAACAUGAGCUUCUUCAGACCGGUUUGAAAUCGCCGGACAAACAUCAGUUGGAACUUUGGUUCAAAGAUCUGCACACAAUGGACGAGCUCCAGGUCCUGGCUAAGACUGUCUCGUACGACGACACGAACUGUAACGCUUGGCUGGAAGGGUUCGAGCAAACCAACCCACGGCUAUUUCGAAUGACGGAGCAGCUUCGAAGACAAAAAAUAGCUGCCGUCUACAACCGGCUUGACUCAGACGUAAAUUCGUGGAUCGCUUACGCACCUGCUUCGGAGUUCGAUGCCUUCCUCACACGACGCACUGGCGCUUGGAGAUUCCCUGGGAACGUACCGAUAUGUCUGGCUGUAAGAGGGACAUUACGGCAACCAUCGAUUUUGCAGGAAGAAUUCGGCCCGCCGCGCCGUUAUGAUGAAAAUGUGACGAGCCCGAUAACACUUGCUCAUACUGAAUUUCUUGCCAGCUCUAUCACCCAUGCAUCGAGACAGCCACUUGUUUGUCAGUCGGAACCAACGACUUCGCUUGGUCGGCCAUCCCGCCCUGCUUCCGGGCGUUGGGGAUCCAUGUCCGAGCAUACACAUGCAUCAAGUGCAAAUGUUCAUCCCUCGGAUGGAUUGCCGACGAUGAAUGAGCUUUUCGACGAUGUGCGCGCGGAGGCUUCCAUGACGGACGUUAUGCCAGAUAAUCACCAGCCAGUUCCAAACUCAACUAUGACAGGCCCUGCUCUCAAUCCAGCCCAAACUGGCACUCAAAUGCCAGUUGCGGAGAUGUUUCUCGCGCUCAACACCUUCUUCUCGAAGCUCGACAUGACAAUUGACCGCCUCGCAUCAUGUACCGAAAAAAUCUUUUAUCUACAUUUUCCACCUGGAGACGACGAUGCUCGCAUCGAACAUGGUAUGAUAAUGGCCUGGCUUCAGUGUAAUAACGUCAUCUACUUGUCAAACUGGGACAAAAAUGGCCAGGAAGAUAAAAAUGCAUGGCAGAGAUUCCGUGAGACUUACAACAAGGGUGUGAUCAUUUUCCACGAAUCAUUCCAUGCUUUCCAUGACUUACGACCUAGGAUUCGAGGAGUUCAAUGGUCUUUUAACUUCAACUUCUGGCACGUUCGUAUCAAGAACCCUCUUGCCUUGUCGAACACCCGAUUUUGUAAAGAAAAUGCCCAUAUUCAGCGUCUUUUCCCACAUGGCACAGCGUUUCUUUUGACUGAUGAUGUAUUCCGAGACAUGAAGCAAGUGGCUAUCAUCUUGGCCUGGUUCUUCGAAAGACGCAAGUCAACCGGAGGCGCCUCGACCAAGCUUGUAUUCCAGCCCGAUGUGUUGGGAUAUCUCAACCGGAAGCUGGAUGAUCCAGCCCGAAACAAAGAUGAAGACCCAUAUGUAUGGAGCAUCAUUUCGUCGAUCAAGCAAGUUAACUCUUCUUUCAAUCCCGCUUUCCGAUACUUCGAACCGAGCAGCAUGGAAUUCCAGAAACUCGACAACCCUAACAACAACGUCAUUUGCCUGCCCGUCCAAGGAUACGGUACUCGUUCUGAAAGCGACGACCCACUGAUCCCCAAGGGUUUGACGCAGGAAGAACGAAACGCAGAUCACCUCGUUGAGGCCUUUGCAGGAUGGAUGCUUGCUGAGGCAGCUCGUUUCCGCAAGACCGUGGUUAUCAGCAACCACACGAACAAGGAUCUCAUGGCACGAUGGCCCGGUUGGGGACAUGUGAAUGUGUUUGAUGUCAAUUCCUUUUUGAAGAAAUGGCAGGUUAAAGAAGAUGUCUUACUCGAAAAAAUCAAGACUGGUAGCAAGCCACAGGACGAUUCCCCUAUGACCCCGGCGGAUCAUACUGCUAUGACCCCGAGAAUUCCGCAAACCCCGAAGACACCGCUCGAGUCACAGAUCUCACGAGACCCUCGAGUCUCUGCUAGGGAUCCUCGGCUCUCUCGAGGCCCCCGGAACCUUGACUCUUCUACUACUCAUACUAGUACGGCAGGAGCUGCCAGUGAAUGGAAGGCUCCUGGUCAGCAUGGAUAUCCUGGAACGUAUCAGUAG